ACCACGACGCCAAACCGCCGAGUCUCUCCUUCGUCACUCUCACAGAGACAACAGCACAAGACCGCAACCAUGGCGGAUAACGACGCUCCCGUUACCCUGCGAACUCGCAAGUUCAUCCGCAACCCCCUGCUUGGCCGCAAGCAGAUGGUGGUUGACAUCCUCCACCCCGGCCGUGCCAACAUCUCCAAGACUGAGCUCAGCGAGAAGCUCGCCAGCCUGUACAAGGCCCAGAAGGAGCAGGUCCAGGUCUUCGGCCUGCGCACCCACUUCGGUGGCGGCAAGACCACCGGCUUCGCCCUCAUCUACGACUCCCCCGAGGCUCUGAAGAAGUUCGAGCCCAAGUACCGUCUGAUCCGGGUCGGACUCGCUACCAAGCCCGAGCGUGCCAGCAGACAGCAGCGCAAGCAGCGCAAGAACCGACAAAAGACCCUGCGCGGAACCGCAAAGGUCAAGGGUGCCAAGGCGAAGAAGGAGAAAUAAACGCAACGCUCUCAAUAUUGUUGCUUGCUGGUGCUGGGGGGAGGUGCGGCGUGGCGCUGUGGUACUGGGUUGGGCAUUUUGUUGCGCACCUGCGAGUGCUGCGGACUUUUUUCUCUCGGCAUGCAAAUCAAAAUUUGUCCUUGUCGAUGAACCUCUAGAAACGGCUGGGAGGGGAGUGAUGGCUCGGCCCCUCCCCAUGGUGUGUGCCUUCGAUACACUAGCAUGAAAUCAACGGUGUUUUCGGGUUUCGGUCCAAAUAUGCGUCCUUGUUUGGUGGUUUCGGUGCACACGAUUCACGCACUCCGUGUGCUGGAUGAAGUGCUGUUUUUUAUGUCAUGAUGGUCCGACUCCCAAGAAAAUUCGGUGAUGAUCAGUGGGCAAUUCAAUGAAGAAAAAAAAUCCCUGUUAUUAAUGGUGCUCUGGACUAUGGUCGUAGCAUGUGUCUUUCCAAUCAUGGCUUCCCGCUCCUCG